CGUUGGGCGCUAAGCAUCAUUUAAAGCAAAGACCAAUCCACAAAUCCCCCUCGUCUCGUCAACCACUCUCUCUCCCUCUCAAUUCCUCAAACCCUAGUCCAUGACGACGGCCUCCGGCGACUCCCACCAUCGGCCAUCCCUCCUCCGCCGCCACCGCUGCCUCCUCAUCUCCCUCGUCGUCAUCGUCCUCCUGAUCGUCCUAAUCCUCAUCCUCUACUUCACCCUCUUCCGAUUCCACGAUCCAACCACCGAACUCAUCUCCGCCCGCGUCGACGGCGUCUCUCCGAGCAUCAGCAUCCCGGCGAUCCGGAUCAGUCUCAAUCUCUCCCUCUUCCUCCAGAUCCGCGUCCACAACCCCAACCCCGCCUCCUUCACCCACUCCGCCGGCACCGCCCUCUUAUUCUACAACGGCGUCCAGGUCGGCGAUGCCCUGGUGGAACCCGGCCGGAUCCCGUCCAAGGGAUCGGAGAUUCUCAGCUGCGAACUGACCGUGCAAGCCGACAAGAUCGCCGGCGACUUGACGAAGCUUCUGAGUGAUGUGGUGGCCGGCGAGGUAGGGUUCGAUUCGAGCACUAGGGUUCCGGGGAGGGUGAAAUUUCUAGGGCUUUUUAAGCACCACGCUGUCGCGUUAUCAGAGUGCCACGUGAUCAUUGGGUUCCCUAAUAUCAAGGUCAAGAGCCAGGCAUGCACUCAGCACACCAAGCUCUGAUCUUUUUAAUUAUUUCACAUAAAUAUUUUUAUAUAUUUUUAUUUUUUUAUUUUUAGUUUGGG